AUGUCUCAAUCAUCAUCAUCAGAGAACAACAAUGACAACAAUGACACACAUUUAUCAACAAUAUUGAAUGUUGUUGAGAAUGUACGUGUACAAUACUUAUUGGUCAAUGUUGUGGUCGAUCACUUCAAGAAUCUGUUUGCAAUCAAGUCCAGUGAGCAAUGGAUAGAGUUCCUACGCGUGUUGUUCUCGCGAUCAGUCGUCGACCAGAAGGAGCGCAAAGAACUCUAUGAUCUUCUACUCUACCUGCCACCCGCAGCAAUCGGUGACCUCAACGAUCGAAACAAAUCACGUGUACUCAUUGAUCUCAUAGCAGAUGUUGGCGAAGCCGUUUCAAGAGAUCGUCGCAGUGCUCAAACAAUGAAGACAUUCAUCGAAGAGAUAUCAUCAAUUCUUGUCGAGUACAUUCAACAGCGUGGCAACCAAUCAAACACAACAUCAGUGAUGGACCAGCAAAGACAGACAUUCCUGCAACAAUGCCAACUUCUGGCACUACUACUACAGAAUCUGACGAAAGCACAUCGUUCCAAGGUACUACUUCAGAAUCUAAUACUGAGUCGUGUAUUGCCAUUAUCAUCCGAACAUCGUCCAUCACUUCUAGACAAGUUAUUCACAUAUCCACCAACAUCAACAACAUCUGCGACUACUACCACAACAACAACAACAACGACAUCAACAUCAUCAUCAACAUCUUAG